UUACGGCUGACCUUCUCUGCAUCUCUUUUUCCCCCACUAUUCUUCCUUCCUUCUACGCCAAAACCAAAAACCUUUCUCUCCCUCCCCCCCCACCCAACCACCCCCCUACGCUUACUAAAACCAACUUCCCAUUUUCUAGGACCAGAAAAUGCAUAAUAAUCAAGCUUCUUCACCAUCACAAACCGGAGCUCCGACCCAAUUCAGAAAUACCCAAAUGACGCUUUCCGGUACCCUUGAUGACCCGACAAUUUCCUCCUCCCUCUUUGACUGGUCCGAUUUCCUCGAAUUCAACCUCGACGAAGAACAAUUGAACAUCUCAUUCGACGACCCGUUACUUCACCCGCCGGAGACGGAGACAGAACCGGCGGCACCGUUAAUAUUACCCUCUUCGGAAGAUUCACCGCAGAGCCAGGAGGCGGAUGCAGAUACGGAUACUGGUCGGGUCAGGAAAAGGGACCCGAGGAUGGCGUGCUCGAACUUUUUAGCGGGUAGGAUCCCGUGUGCUUGUCCUGAGUUAGAUGAGAAGAUGGAGGAAGAGGAGCUGGGAGGGAUUGGGCCCGGGAAGAAACGGGCUCGGACUUUACGGGCUUCGUCCGGAGCUGCUGGGUCGAGGUGUCAAGUACCCGAUUGUGAAGCGGAUAUCAGUGAGCUGAAAGGAUAUCAUAAGAGACAUAGGGUCUGCUUACGUUGUGCUAAUGCUACUGCUGUGUUUCUUGAUGGACAGAGCAAGCGAUACUGCCAGCAGUGUGGCAAGUUUCAUAUUUUGUCGGACUUUGAUGAAGGUAAACGUAGUUGUAGAAGAAAAUUAGAGCGGCACAACAACAGGCGCAGGAGAAAAGCCACUGAUUCUUCGAAAAUGUCUGUUGAGAAGGAAUCUCGGCAGGUCAGAACGGCUGAUGAUAUUAGUGGUGAUGAUGACAAUGUCAAAGAUAGCACAUGCACGGGCAGCCAAUUAGGAGAAAGGGAAAUCUUAUUAGAAUCUGAAGGACAUGUGCCAAUAGGCUCUACUCAAGGCAUCCAAAAUAAUCAGAGUGACAGUUUCACAGCUUCUGGUGAGACACAGGGUGAUGCAGAAAAAGAGAACUCCAAAAAUUCCCUUUCUCCAUCCUAUUACGACAACAAGAGUGCUUUUUCUUCGAUGUGCCCCACUGGUCGGAUCUCAUUCAAGCUUUAUGAUUGGAACCCUGCAGAGUUCCCUCGAAGACUCCGGCACCAAAUCUUCCAGUGGUUGGCCAGUAUGCCUGUUGAAUUAGAGGGCUAUAUUCGUCCAGGUUGUACAAUCUUGACAGUUUUUGUUGCCAUGCCAACAUUCAAGUGGGGUAAGUUGCUGGAAGACCCAGCUGCACACCUAUAUGAAUUUAUUGCAUCACCUGGAAACAUGCUUCGCGGGAGAGGAAGCUUUCUUGUUUAUCUCAACAACAUGGUAUUUCGCGUUACAACAGGUGAAAAUUCAGUAGUGAAAGUCAAGCUAAAGGGACCAGCACCAAAGCUUAAGUCUAUUCAUCCUACUUGCUUUGAGGCUGGCAAGCCUAUGGAGUUUUUUGCCUGUGGAAGCAAUCUAAUGCAGCCCAGAUUCCGGUUUCUUGUGUCGUUUGGGGGAAGGUAUUUAGGGAAUGAUAUCAGUGUUACACCUUCAUGUAGUAAAAAUGAAGGUGGAUCUGGUAGCAUGGAGCAUCAAUUAUUAAAGAUACAUGUCCCUAGGACUGAAGCAGAUCUUUUUGGCCCCGCUUUUGUUGAGGUCGAGAAUGAAUCUGGUUUAUCUAACUUCAUUCCCAUCCUCAUUGCGGAAAAAGAUAUUUGUGCAGAAAUGGAAGAAAUACAACGGAAGUUCUGUUCUGGAGGGUCAGAACACACUGCUGUUUGUUCUCCAUGUGAAGAUUCCACGUGUAGAAAAUCAGAAUUCUCAGAAUUUAUGUUGGAUGUGGCAUGGUUACUAAGGGAGCCUUCAUCAGAAAAUGUUCAGAUUGUGGCGUCUGUACAGAUGCAGAGAUUUAAUUAUUUGUUGAACGUUUUAAUGGAAAGUCAGUCGACUAUUAUUUUGAAAAGAGUAUUGCCUUAUUUUGAAAAUAUGGUGAAUAAAAACUUGUUAGCUGGCAUCACUGAUGCUGAAAUGAGGCUUUUUCAGAGGAAUAUUUAUGAGAAAAAUAAUCUGCUCAAGGAAAGAUUGCAGCUAAAGGAGUAUUGUGCGGGAGAUGCGGGACAAAUUAUGCAGGAGGCAAAUACUUCUACUGAAAUCUUCCAAAAUCAUAUGAAAUCUGUUUUUCCAGUUAACAAUGAGGACGUGGAGGUACCACAUGAGCAUAACCUAGAGUUUGGUUCGGCUUAUUGGGAAAGCACUUCAACAGUCCCACUUUUGGAUGCAGAAUUGGCAUUGAGAGUGAAGGAGCAGUCAGGGAAGCCUUGUGGCUUCUUGGUUAGAAAGACAGUUUUGACGUCUCGUACUCUUGUGUUUGUAAUCACUGGUUUUGCUGUGUGUCUUGGUCUAUGUGCAACCUUCCUGCACCCCAGAAAAGUUGGUGAAUUUGCUAUGACAAUUCGGAGGUGUCUGUUUGACAACUCUUAAUUGCAUGUACACCUUUUAACCAAAUGAACUGUCUGUAAUUACAGAAUAUAGGCGCAAUCUCCAGCACUUGGGUCCCCUGCUGUGACUGGUCUUGUAUGAUGUUCCUGUGUUUGCUACAAUUGCAUAUCAAGGAACUGGCAAAUAUUCCUGCCUUUGCUACCACUGCAUCUCAAGAAAUUGAACAGCAUGGAGUGGAGAGAUAGUGGUUAGUUUCUGACCGUUAAGACCAAAUGCCUACUGGGAGACAUGCUUUGCGGCAUUCUUGAUGUAUUAUACAAAUUGUGCUCUGUAAGCACAAAAACUGUAUUAGCUGUAUAGCUUCACUUGUUACUUUGUACAAGUUCUAGGGUAAUCACCGUGGACUUCAUUAUAACUUUAUGGUUACUGACAUCAGUUGUCCUCAAAAGAGCAGAUACACAUUAGCAUUUGCAGAUAUUAUUUUGUGCUUAACAACUUUAAGGGAUUGAGGUGGGACUCUUUGAAUAUUUUGAUGUGAAUAUACGUAGAAGAGGCGGGCCUAUCUGGCCAUGAAAUAAUCGAUUCAA